AUGUCCAUCUCGCCGUAUCCCGCCCCGAUGUCUCCUGAAGAUGCACCUCAGGAUGAUCUAGAGCGUGAGUUGGAAAGUCUUAUGCACGAGGAUGCUGAUCUUGAUCACGAGCCAGAUCACGCUCCCGAGACACACGACCCGCCUCCUCCUCCUCCGAAACGCCUUCGUGGUGCCCCACUGAUGCUUAGAAGCACAGAUACUGAUCAACGUCAUGCCCAAGUGUCAGAUCCUCCCAAGGUUCCAGCAAAGAUGGACAAGGCCAAGAAUGUCCUUGACAUUGUGGCGGAAUACGAAGGUUGGAGCCUUGCAAAUCACCCCGGCUUUGCUCCCCGCCAUCGCAUGUUUAUGUCUGUCGCGAAAUUCAUCUGCGACAUGAACGCGGCCAACUACAUGAUGUCGAAUGUGCAGAAGCUAACCAUCUUCAUGCUCAUCGAUGGUGGUAGUUGGCGAGCUCAUAAGCGACAACUCUUUCAUCUCCGUGAUGGUGCUUGGGACAUGGCAGACAAGCUCACGCUUGAAGCAUGGGAUUUGCUAUCAGCCUUAGAAGGACUGUUUGUUACCAUCGCAUCGAAGUUCGAGGAAGCCGGCGGUGAGGUCAAAUGGUCAUGGAGCGAGGCGUCGGAGUUCAUCCGCGACACCAUCACUGAAUCUAUUCAUGACGGGGAUCUCAUCGAUGUACUUGCCUCGUUUGCGAAGCAGAACAGUGAUCAUGUCCGUAUGGUCACUAGUAACAAAACCUGGAAGGCCACAUGGGCCAGAAGGGUUGCCGACAUGGUCGCUUCCUACCGCAAGGCUUGGGAAACCAACGCCCAUACAGCAAUCCUAUCUCGCUUGUUCUUACAGGAUUGCGAAACGCCAAUGCCGAAAUCGCAAGGCAUUUGCUUCGAUGAUAUCUAUUUGACUCCCACAUGGGAUAUCCACCCAAAGUCAGAAGCCCGCGACUGUUAUGUUCGAUUCGACUAUCCAUAUUUCUACGAGAACAUGGUGAUGUCUGACUCUACCAUCAACGUUGACACCUUCAAAGAAAAGCUUCGUCUCUUCAUCACAUCAUUGUACUACAAGAACGAGCACGCGUUCCAGGUCAAGCUGUGCUUCUUAUGUGCUGCCUUUCAGGGCGUGUGUACUGGAAAAAUGCUAUUCCAAAUCGGUCGUGGCGGAGACGGUAAAGGCAUGGAAGCGGUACUCGAUGCAGCACUCUUUGGGUCCUUAUCAUCGGCAAGUCUCGACUGUGGUGUCUUUCUGGAUCGUAUGGAGUUUCGCAAGAGCGCAGAAUUGGCGUGGAAUAAGUCCAACACUCGCAUCCAGGAAAUGGACACCAAAGUGCGAUUUCUGUCCGAUAUAUGGAAAAGGUUCAUAGUCGAUGAAGAGAUCGACUGUAGAGUGAACUACGGAUUCACGACGAAGAGACGUUUUGGAACAUCCUUGAAGAUACAGGAGGUAAACUACGAAAAUGUUCCUGUCAUCGAGGAGAGCAGAGACAUGAACAAGGCCUGUGAACAACUUCGCAGACGAGUGGUUUGUAUUCGGAUGGGGAAUGCAACAUACACACCGAAUCCUGCCGAAGUUGAUCACAAAAACGGCCUCUAUCUGCUCAUUCCACAGGAUGAACUGACAUCUUUUCUUCGUCACCCGGUUACAGCAGCACUGUAUUUGCGAGAAUGGUGCUUGCCCUUCUUCCAGGAGAACUCUUUGGCGGAUUGCUUGAAGAUGUUGCAUGAUUUGAAGUCAAUUGAUGAUCGUCUGGAAGCAGACACCCAGUGGUUGGCAGCCAAACUAUCUGGGCGAGAUCUUCCACCUCCUGGCAAUGAUCGGACAUUACUCGACGCCAAUGACGAGAUCGUAGAAUUGGUACAUGGUGCAACUCCACACAAGUCGAUCAUCAAGGAGUACUUGCUUCACAAAAUCGAGGAGCUUCCAGGGUGCAUAGCAUCAAGUCGUGGUCGUACCACCAAGCUUCAGACCUUCGUUAGCGCAAUCGAUCAUUCAGCCAUGAAGCUCUUUAAGCAACUGGACCACAACUCAUUCGAGAAGCUGCAGAUCAACUGGGCGAAGCUGAAGCAGUCGAUGAUUCGAUGCGGAGGUCAGGAAAUGUUCGGUAAUUGGAUGGAGUGGACGUGCCCAUUUGAUCUGAAUUUUGUCAUCCAGUCGUGGGAUGGCAAUGCAUUCCAUGACUACUCAGCAUUCUACAUGCAACAUUGCACAUCCAGAGGCAAUGCCGAUGCACUACGUCGACCACUGGCUGCUGCAGUACAGGAGAGUGUUGAGCUUGAACAACUCCGACGAUAUGCUGAACAGGGACAUGAUCGCCGACAAGAGCUUCUGGAAGACUACAUACAUCGUCACGACACCGCGGGGUUCUUGGAUGCAGAUGGUAUGUCAGUGAUUGAGGUGGAGUACUACACGCGGCCAUGCUAUGGUAGACUACUUGCUCGUGGUGUUUCGGGACAGAAGCUUACCAGGGAGGCCAGAGCGGUGGCCUUCCAGCAUUGCACCGAGGUAGACGCAGCUUGUUGCCACCCCCGUCUUUUGCGACAGAAGUUGAUGGACUUGGAUGCUUGGUCAGAUGCCAAGUAUAUACGUCAUGCUAUCUCGCUUCAUCAAGAACUACAAGUCGUGGCGUCAGUGUAUCGCCGACUACAUGGACAUCUCAUUGGAUGA